CUGGACUUGAUUAGAGAGAGGUCAUCAUAUUCAAUGGCUUUACAGGACCUGUGUAAUUUCCAAGACUUAUUUGUGGACAGUAUAGCCAUCAAAGGUUCUUCAGUGCCUUUUGGAAAAAAGACUGGCUGUGACUACGUGAGUGCUCUGCCCUUUAGCAAUAGCACAAGUCUGUUUAAUUUUUAUACACCAGUUGCAGACUACCUUUGUGAAAGUCCUAUACAGUUUGGGCAAAUUAGCACCAUCCAGAGCUCCAGCACCAUCUCAUCUCAAGACUCCAUCUUGCCAUCCCUCUCCUUACCCACAGGUCUCCCUCUGGCCUCCUCUCAGUCCAUCCCUCUGCCUUUUCCCAUGUCUCAUGGCACCACCACCUUGGCUUUCAUGUUUCAGGGCGGCGUGCUGGCUGCAGCAGACACUCGGUCCAGUUGCUCUGGGCUCGUGGCGUGCCCAGCCUCCCAGAAGAUCUUGCCCAUUCACAGUCACUUGGUGGGCACUACUUCAGGUACUUCAGCCGACUGUGCCCUUUGGAAACGGAUUCUGGCUCGAGAGCUGCGGCUUUACCAACUCCGUCACGGCCGCCGGUUAACCACUAGGGGAGCUGCCAAAUUGCUUUCCCACAUGCUUCACCCAUUCAAGGGAACUGAGCUGUGUGUGGCUGCCACAUUAUGUGGGUGGGAUGGAGGAGAGGUAGGUGGAGGCACAAAAAUUGAUCUCAGUGGUCAUAGUGAAACAACAAAGAGUCAAAUGACAGAUCUUGGAACGUCUGUAGAUACCAGUCUUGAAAAGAGCGGGCAACAGUACUUUGCUAGAAAAAAAGUAAGUUUUUCUGGACCCAGUUUGUGCUACGUGUGCAGUGAUGGCACUCGCCUGCAGGGAACACUCUUCUCCGUAGGUUCAGGAUCACCUUAUGCCUACUCAAUUUUGGACCAAGGGGUUCAGUGGGGACUGACAGUGGACGAGGCCACAUCAAUAGCCAGAGAGGCUGUGUACAGAGCCACACACAGGGAUGCAUACUCAGGAAACUAUGUAGACAUCUAUCACAUCUCCUCAAAAGGAUGGAUUCGCAGGAGCAGAGAGGAUUUGAAAGAGGAAUAUUACAGAGAAAAGGCAAGGCGAGAGACAACGAAGAGACAGGACUUGAUUGUGAAGGAAUAA